CUCUGCAAAUAGUCGCGGUAUGGCACGAAUCCGGAAGUGUCGUGGCCAGGCUCUGACUACUUACCACUGUUGCACACGAGAUGGUUGGAGUUCCUCGAUCCAAGGCAUGCGCCAACUGCAAGGCUAGACGCAAAGGAUGCGACGAAAAACGACCCUCAUGUAGCCAAUGCCUGCGAAGAGGCGUCCAGUGUCAAGGAUAUUCUACCGAGCUCAACAUACGCUUUGAAGAUCCUGGGGCUAAAAAUCGGGGUGUCCUGACCAGCAGAGCGAACAAAUCACCCCGGCCGAGGAGCACCAGCCGGGAGACCGAAGUGAUAUAUCAUCUACAGGUUCUACCACAUUCUCUCCAGAAAAGCGCAUUUCGAGACCAAGUAUAUGAAGUAUUCUUCGAGCAAUACUUGCCACAUGAGUCUGGCACAUGGCUGCACCUGGAGACAGACCUUGCUGUAUUACCAGCGACAACUUGGCUGAAUGUAGCCGCUUGUUCCCCGACCACGGGUACGCUACUCGGCGAUGCUCUAGCCGCACUUACUCUGAAUCACAUUGCACAGUCCCAACACCGACCAGGCUUUCUGCAGGAAGGCCGGCUGCUCUAUGUGAAAACAAUUCAAAGAAUCAAUAAAGCUCUUGUGAACAUCGAUCAUCGUCUCGACGAUCAAACACUCGCUGCUGUAAUGGUCUUGACGAUGUACGAGGCCGGCAACCUCGAGAAACCAUACUUCAUCGGCUGGCAGGAUUUCCGUGGUGAGACGCAGGAGGGCAUUACUACACAGGCAGAUGGAUGGUUUUCUCAUGUUCGAGGCGCACAGGCAUUGAUCAAGCUACGCGGGAAGCGAAACUUCUCCAACCCUUUGAGCGAGAAGCUGUUUCUAGGCUCAAGGUCUGCCCAGUUUAUAUCCGCAAUCGGAGCCCGCAGAGCCAUUAUCGACGAUACACCAUGGCCAUCAAUUCACAACAAGAAGCGAGCAUCCACUCACAUUCGACUUUUUGAGAUUCUACAACGUCUCCCAGGCCUGAUGGAGCUCACUGACCGAAUGUACCCUGGUCAAGGCGAGGGCGUGACGGAGGCGAUGCAAGCCCAUUACACAACUCUCCUCGCACGCCUGGUCGAGGACUCACACCAAUUGAGAUGUGAGCUCGAGGACUGGCUAGUUAGCCUGGAAUCGGAAAACCAACACCAUCACCAAGGUCAGCUGUAUUGGCCGGAGCGCUCAACGGUGUACUCUCGACUACCUACAUUCAGUCCGAUCAGGGAUCUAGCAUUCGGGUACUUUUUCUGUUUUCCCGAUGCCGAGAUUGCGCAGCAAGUAGUCAUGUUCUGGACAGGAUCACUACUUGUUCACAGCAAUCUGUGGCUGGCCAAGCGUCGACUUCUCGAGGCAGGAUUCGAUGCCUCACUUCCCUGGGAUGCGUCCCCAAAGACCGAUGGGAGGCGGGACAGUCCCUUGCCCGCCCCAUUCACACGACCGAUCCCUCCCCAAGCACUUCUCAUCGUUCAGUCAGCUGAAUACUUUCUUCACCCAGACAUGGGCAUCUCCGGAUGUGACUUUAUCGGAUUUCCCAUAUCGGUGGCCCAGGCGUGUCUGGAACAUUUUUUGGCGCCCGAACUGGCGUGGUAUGACAUUUUGUUUGCACGAAUGAAGGAGAUUAGGAACGGGGGAACGAGUUUGUAGGAGGGUUCAAUCAGCGUUAUGGAACUCUCGCCCUCUCCUUUACGACUGUAAUCUGUUGAGAUGUCAAGACGAUGACAUCAAUAGCAAGAUAUUAUGAAUCUAUAUCAAUCACAACGAGAGAUGUGAUGCAGGGUGUGUAGCUUUGAUAUUGAGGGGCCUCGAUACACAUCAUUUCCAACUAAUUCUCCCACUGGUCAAGUCUUG